UAGGAGCAGUUCAUCGGCGUAGAUGGCUUCCCAAUCAAGAGAAGAGAUUCUAAUCUCUGUUCCUUGUGCUAUUCUCCACUUGAUCGACAACAACUACAGCGUCCAGCUCGCUUCUGGAGAUUUCUCCAUCGUGUGUCUCUGUCAGGGAAAUCAUGUUGUCGCAGUCAUUGCCAAAGUCUCGGAUAAAAUCCAGUGGCCUUUGAUGAAAGAUGAAGCUUCUGUUAAGCUUGAUGAGCUACAUUACUUCUUUUCGUUUCGUGCCCCGGGUGAAAAUGAGGGUGAGACCAACGAUUUGUUUCUGAGUUAUGGAUUGACAUUUACAUCGGGAGGACAGGAGAGUUUGAGUCAAUUGGACCAGGUUUUAGAGAAGUACACUAGUUUUUCGGUGCAGACAGUGACGGAGGAAGUGGCUGAUGGUAAGGCAGGGUAUUGGACUGUGUUGGCUCCAAACGUCGAGGAUUAUAGUAGUAGUGCUGCGAAAUUGAUAACGGAGGGGUCAGGGCACUUGAUUAAAGGGAUUUUGUGGUGUGGCGAUGUUGCUGUGGAUAGGUUGAAUUGGGGGAAUGAGGUUUUGAGUAAAAGGAUCGGUCAGCGUGUGGAAGCUGAGAUUAGUCUUGAAACUCUGGAGAGAAUUCAAAAGGUGAAAAGAGUGACAGAAAUGACGGAAAAAGUAGCAUUUGGAAUCCUAUCUGGGACUGUCACGGUCUCUGGAAUCUUCACAAGUUCGAUUGCAAGCUCUAAAUUGGGAAGGAGGUUAUUUGGUCUUUUGCCAGGACAAAUUGUUCUCGCUUCCUUGGAUGGAUUUAACAAGAUCUGUGAUGCCAUUGAAGUCGCUGGGAGUAAUGUGAUGUCUACCUCCUCAACAGUUACCACUGGACUUGUCUCCCAAAAGUAUGGGGAAGAAGCAAGCAAGGUGAGCAGUGAGGUGCUUGAUGCUGCUGGACAUGCAAUCCGAACUGCAUGGGCUGUCUUUAAAAUCAAAAACUCACUCAAUCCAAAAAGUGUCAUGAAACCGUCUAGAAUUAUAAAAAAGAGCAAAUUAUAAACUCUUUGAAUUAUGUAAUUAACAGGUAAACUUGGCAAAAUGCUAAAUAGUUUCCUGGAUAAGAUUAUUGGGCCACGGGUGAUUAGAUUAGUAGAAUCUGCAGUAAUAGGAAGCUUAUUGGCAGGGCCGGUUUUUGAGGCGUGCAAGGUGGGCGACGGCACAGGGCCCCAAAACUAUAGGGGCCUCAAAAUUUAGAAAUCAAUGUUUUAUUUAAUAAAAUUAAAUUUCGAAAAUGAAAUUGAAAAUUAAAAAUUAUAUAUUUAUUUUAAUUAUGUUUAUUUAUAGAUAAAUAAUUACAUAAUCUAAUAGAUUAGUUUAUUAUGUCUAUUUGCAUUUUAAAUCUUUUAUGUUGUAUCUUUACUUUUUAUAUAAUAAUUUCUCUUUUAUUAAAUGUUUUCAUAAUGUUUUUUACAUAUGAUAUUUUUUCAUAUGUACUAUAAAUUUCAUUCUUUUCAAUGACAUAUAGAUAUAUCUCAUAUAAAUUCAUAUUAAUUUUGUUUAAAAUAUUAAAAUUAUUAUUAUUUAAUAACAUUAUUUAUCUUAUUUUAAGUGAUAUGUUUUAAUUUUAUAAAAAAUAAUAUUUUUAUUAUUUAUUUAUUUUUAUAAUAUACAUAUUUUUUAUUAUUAUUUGAGGCCUAAUUCAUAUUAUAGCACAGGGCCCCAAAAUUCUUCCAGACGGCCCUGCUUAUUGGUUAUGCAGCAAAGCAAGAAUGUGUUCAUUGGAAAGGAAAGCAAGAAGAGUGAGCAGGUGCAAAUUAGAGGGAGAACUGAGAAGGUGGCAGCUGAUAAAAAGCCCUUAGGCACUAGGUCUCAUAUAGUCCCCAAUCUGGGAUGUUUUGAUUCAACAACCUGAAAUGUAAUUUCAAUUAAGUCUUCCUCUGAGUUUGACAAUUUUUAGUGCAACCUUUACUACCGUUUUCACCGAA